UUCUCUAAUGAACGAAGCCCGUAGAGCCACGUUGAGUUUUCGGUAAACUAAAGUUAUACUUGUUAUUAAAUGACGUUGAAUUUGCAUAAUAUCAAAUUACAUGAGUUAUAGUCGAUCGGAUCUUAGAUGUUUACAAACAUGCGUCUGCUAUUAUUGUUGGCUUUUUUCACGGGUUCUUUUAUAAGUUCUGUUAUAACUGUCGAAUUGACUUUUGAGUUGCCGGAUAAUGCAAAACAAUGCUUUCACGAAGAAAUUCCUGCAGGGGAAAAAGCAACUGUUGAAUUUCAGGUUGUCACUGGUGGUCAUUAUGAUGUAGAUGCAAUUUUAGAAUCUCCGUCUGGUCAAAUUAUCUACCAAACAUCUAGGAAGCAAUCAGACAUGAUUGCAUUUACUGCUGACCAAACUGGUGUAUUUAAAAUUUGCUUCAGUAAUGAAUUUUCUACCUUUAGUCACAAACUUGUCUAUAUGGACUUCUUAGUUGGUGAAGAAAAACCAUUGCCUGGCAUUGGAGAGCAUUUGACUGCUAUGACAAAGCUGGAAACAUCUUCAUCUAAUGUACAUGAGCAUUUGAAUACUGUGCUUGAUUAUCAAACCCAUCAUCGUUUAAUGGAAGCUCAAGGCAGAAAAAGAGCAGAAGAGUUGAAUGCCCGCGUCAUGUAUUGGUCAUUAAUGGAAACAUUUUUGAUUAUUUUUAUUGGUGUAGGACAAGUUAUGGUUCUCAAGAAUUUUUUUAGUGAAAAAAAGAGAACUUCAUCUACAUGAGUGUCCAUGAGCAUUUAGUGAUCAGUUUUUUGAGGCACGUGAAACAAGGCCUGAUUUCAUUUCUUCCUCAUGGAAAAAAAAUGUGCCUCUGUGUUUUAUAAUACGCAACUGGAUUUCAGAAACUUUGUCUGAAUUGUUCAUUAAACAUCGUGGAACAUAAUUUUGUCAAUAUAUUUUUUUUUUGUGCAAGGUGUCCCAUCGUUCUGAAAGUUAGCACCUAUUUAAAGAAGAGAAACAUAUUAUUCAGGAACUGAUACUUAAAUGGUCAAGUAGUUGAUUGGCAUCCUGUUUUCUAAAUACAGAAGGGUAAAAUAAAGUAUUGAAUGAUCUGUGUAUAUAUAAAUAUAUAUUUUUUCUUUUUUUUACCAGUUUAAAAUAGAGAUGCUCCAUGGUCCAUUAGUAUUUUGAUCAAAUCGUGUAUAAUUUAUACUAUUUGAAAAAUAAAUUUUGUUUUUUGUCUAACAAAUAUGUCAUACUAAAAUUUCCGCUUUUCAUUGUCUGUUUCUCUGUAUUGCACAUUAAAAUAUGUUUUUAAUAUUUUUUAGUAGGCA